CAUUGUUCUCUGACACUUGCAAUGCAUUCUAUAUCGAUUUCUUUCAUCUCUUUUUUUAAUUGUGUUUGAUUACUGAUCUGCUCUCACUCCUCCUCGCCGAAACUGUGUAAUCUCCGCCUUGCGAGUGAGAAAUGAGAGGACGGAGGUGUGGCUCAAGGACGGGUACUUUACUGAGGAUUAGGAAUAAAUUUAUUGCAUGAAGUUUUGUCAAGAAUGUGUUUGCAGAGCUUUCAGGAAGAUUAGAGCUAUCUAAAAUGAGCUGGAACUCAAACAUCGAGGUUCACUGCAUGACUAAUGGUUAUCCGUACAGCACGGCUUCUUUUAUGGAGUACUUUGAAGGUCUCACAUAUGAUCAUGUGAAUUUCAUUUUUUCUGGUCCCUCACAUUCUCAGGAGACUGUUUGUCCAGCAACUAAUUCAAGUUAUUACAAGUUUGAGCAUGCUGAUUCUUGGAGCGCUUCUUGCUUUGAUACUCAAUCAUUUGAGGUACAAGGUCAUGAGUCCGCUAUUGAUGAACAUAGGAUGCAGCAGGAAUUCUCGACAGUCCCAGAUGAACAGAGUUUAGGAAAUAGAGCGCGGGAAGAAAAUGUGAAUCCUGAUAUGGCCAGCAAUAGCAUGGAAUGCCCUCGGAGGCAUUCAAAUUAUCACGAGUAUCAGACUAUUUGGCAAGAUAUUAUUGAUCCUGAUAACAUGACCUAUGAGGAAUUAGUAGAUUUAGGCGAGACAGUAGGAAGUCAAAGUAGAGGUCUUUCGCAAGAAUUGAUUGCAUUGCUUCCAGUAUCAAAGUUUAAGUGUUGGCUUUUCUCAAGGAAGAAAUCACGCACUGAAAGGUGUGUAAUAUGCCAAAUGAAUUACAAAUAUGGAGAUCAAAGGAUCACUCUGCCGUGCAAACACAAAUACCAUACCAGUUGCGGGAGCAAGUGGCUUAGUAUCAACAAGGCUUGCCCCAUUUGCUACACUGAGGUUUUUGGUGACAUUUCAAAACGUUAAAGAAGCUAUCAACAUCAUGAGAAAGGGAACCCAUCAAAAGGUUUGAGUCAUUCAUUUUGAAGAUACCAAUUUCGUUUGCUUUCUCAUCUUCUACUUUGUACAAUCAUCGUACGAUAAACGAAGUGCUCGACUUCUAUACAGAGGAUUGUAGAGUAAAGAAAAGAUUUCUUUUUUUCUUUUUCUUUUUUCAAUUUGGCUCAUGUUGAACCACGGCGACUUGGUUUUGCCUUCACCAAUUACAAUUAUUUCUUGUUAGUUGGAGGGCAUAACUGAGGGACAAAAGAUGGUCAAGACUCAAUCCAGUUCAUUUGCCUCAUCGUGCUCCCUUGUUGAAGCUAUGGAACUAGUCCUUUUUUGUUUUUUUGUUUUUUAAAUUAGCAAGUUGAGGUAUCGUAGCUGGUAAUUAUACAGAAAAUCAUUAUUUCA